AUUCAUCCCUUGCUGUUUGUUAGUGUGCAUGAGUCUGGAUCUCAUAGAACAUAGAGUGGUCAAAACAGAAGAGUCAGCUGGACCGCUGCAACGGAUAUAUAUCAAAUCCUACGUGACUUAAAUCGGAUAAAUGAUUCAUACGGAUAUAUCACAUCCUAGAAAAGUCUAUUACGCCUCUAAUUGCUUGGACUCUGUGGACCUUCAGAUGCAAGCCACAGGGAAGAACAUCAAGACAAAAGAAAAUACGUUUCUCCAAGCCAUGACUCUGCACUGGAGCUGAGGAGGUCCACUUGACUGGAACUAUGAAUAGCUGCUUGGUGGUUACUGCGAAUGGAUCAACUCAUACAGUCAUCCCUCCCAAGCAAGAGUUUUUUCACGGAGCUUACAUCGCGGCUGAAGUGACUAUAUCCAUUCUGGCUGCAUCCGGAAAUCUACUGGUUUGCAUUGCAGUGGGGUGCAACAAGAAACUCCGUACCGUCACCAACUACUUCUUGGUUUCUUUGGCAGCAGCUGAUUUCUUUGUAGGCACACUGGCCAUUCCCUGUGCUAUUAUGACAGACCUGGGUUUCCCCCACAAUAAUAUAUACCUGUGCGCUACUAUUGUGUACAUGCUUAUCACGCUAACCCAGAGCUCUGUCUUCAGCCUGCUAGCGAUAGCCAUUGAGCGCUAUGUAGCGAUCCUGAUGCCGUUCCACUACCAGAGGCUCUUGAAGCCAAGGAACGCUAGGCUGGUCAUACUGUUAAUCUGGAUUCUCGCUUUCCUUUUGAGCUCAGUGCCACUGCUAGGCUUUAAGAACCGAUCCAGACACAUCAGCUACUGCUUCUUUGUCUGUGUGGUGGACAUUGAAUUCAUGGUCUACUUCAACUUCUUUGGUUGCGUUCUAGUUCCCCUGUUGACCAUGUUUUUCAUUUAUGCUCACAUCUUCAUAACCGUGAGGAGGCAGGUGAGGCGGAUCGCAGCAUUACGAAGUGCAUUAGAAGCGCAGGCUAGGCACAAUUCAGCCAUGAGACGUGAAGCGAAAAAGGCCACGUCCAUUUUCCUGCUCAUCUUCCUUUUUGUGCUUUGCUGGAUGCCAAUUCACAUUUUGAAUUGCUUGCAGCAGUUCUGUCCACACUGCACAGUGCCAUUGCCACUUAUUUUGACAGCAGUCAUCCUAUCCCAUGCCAAUUCGGCUAUUAACCCUCUGCUCUAUGCCUAUAGGAUGAAAUCAUUCCGUCAGGCUUUCAAAGGCAUUUUCCUUUGUUGUCGAGUUACUCCUCCACUGUCUGAUACUACUGACAGCAUUGCGACUUCCAAAAAGAACACAAACGCGAGAUAAUAUAUGCAUGUGCAACGGUACUCUCACUUAGAAACUACUUAUAAGGAGAAAUAAAAGUACAUACACAAAAGAGCUUACAUUAUCGUGCUUGGGAAGUUUAUGUUGUGUGUUCAAGUGUCAGCAAUGCUGUUAUUCAAAAGUCUGUAAGUAUAAAUAUUAGAGAUAUUACUGAAUAUGAAUGCAUUGUUAAGACCGAACAGAUAACGCAUGCUAAAUGAAUACAAAUCCAGAUAAGACUGACAAAAAGGUCAUUUAUUUAAUAAUAGGAUCAUAAUAGGGUCUACAGGAAUCAGGAAAAUAUACUUUUAAUUUCCUGUGCUGUGUGCAAAAACAUGCUCAAGUAUGAAACACAUGGGACAAAGAUCAUUAUAGUUAACCUGAAUUUGUAGUGGUCCUUGCUAAGUGUCUGGUUAGGUCUAAAUUAUGCCACAGGUAUAUAUUUAUUUUUAUAUGCUUAUCUAUCCAUCCAUCCAUCCAUCCAUCCAUGUUCUGUACCGCUUAUCCUAGGGUCCAGGGUCACUGAGAACCUGUAACCAGUCCCAAUGGAAAUCGGGGCACGAGGUGGGGGACACCUUGGACAGGGUGCCAACCCUUCACAGGAUUACAUGCUUAUGUUUUGAAAUAUAGAACCAAUGAAGUUCUGGGCUGUUCAGUACUCAGGAGUCCAUAUACCUUUUGAAAUAUAGUGUAUAAAUAGGUCAAGUGAUUCUUUUUACUCAAGUCAAGUUCAUUAACAUCAUAUGAACUGGAGAUCUAUUAUUCUGGCUUUUUUUGUCUAGAUUUUAGCUUCUAGCUCCACAUGGCAUCUGAUUGAUACUAUUUAUGAACCUGAGUGAUGUAACUAAGGUUGAGGAACCAGUUCAGGAGUUGAAAAGAGGUUAUGUUAAAAGAUUUGUUCCACAAAAUGCUAUUGUUACAGUUUGUAAUGUGCAAUAAAGUAAUAUAUAUAUAUAUAUAUAUAUACAUAUAUAUACAUACAUUAAUCUUGUUUUUUAUUAUAAAAUGAAGGAUUAGAUAGAAAAUGAAUGGAAGAGAAACUUAUAACCUCUGGUUCACUGUAUCCUGCCUUACAUGACCUCUCAUUAAUUGUGUAUAGAGAUAUUAUGAGGAGAAAUAAAGCUGGUGAGGAAGUAGCAAAGAUGGUUGGUGCCUCUGAAGUUUACCGUUUCUAUAGCAACUUUGUGUAGUCUUGUGUUGCCUUAUUACUUCUGCAUUAAUAUACACUAUAUAUGUUUGUUAGGUAAAAUUACCUUGUACAUAAAUUAAUAUGCAAUUUAUUUAUAUGCACUGCAAUGACAAGGAUGCUCAACUAUAUAAUGUAAGAUUUAAUGUAAAUUUAAUUAAAAAAAAAAGUACACCUUGUGAUUUUUAGGAAUUAACAUCAUUUUCUUCGGCCAAAUUCAACUGCACGGAAGCACAAAGUGUUCCAGCUUUAUUUUGUCUUAUUUAUGCAAGUGAUAAUAUUCCCAGGUGCUAAUAUAGGGAAAUAAUCAGCGACGUAUGGAAUGGUUUAUUUUUCCUUUAUGUAUCAAAGUUUCUUAUGAAUUUUUUUUCACCGAUUUUACGUUCAUAAAAACGGCCAUAAACUUAUCGAAGGUAAAUAGAGAGUAAAUUCACACCCGUGAGAGGACAACAGUUGACCUUUAUUACCCUUUAACAAAGCAAGAGACGAUGCUGUGACUUCUUUUCUUAGCUCCAUGCCGACUUAUACAAGUAAAGGAACCAGAAAUUCAGUUAGUUAAAAAAUAAAAUACAAUCAGUUACCUGGAAACAAGUUUCACAGUUAAAAGAGAGAAAAUGUGUGAUCUGAACUCCAGCGGCUGUUUUAAAAAAAUUCGAUCCUUGUGCGCUUCGAUCAAAUGUGUUGCUUCUAUCAAAUGUGUUAAACUUGCUUCAAAAGUGCUUGAGUUAC